GUCUUAUCCAAAUUUUGCCCUAAUUUUUUCCCGGCAUAUUCCUGAUUCUCAAAGCAUCCCAAUUUUGAAGCCCUAGUUCCCAAAUUCUCAAAUUUGCUUCCCUCUUUCCAUCAAUCGAUCCAAACUCUUGUGAGAAAUCAAGAGGAUUUAGCGAUUGAGAUCAUGGCGGUGCUCAUGGAGUCGUAUUUGAUCUCCUCCGCCGAUCUGUCUCUCCUUCUAUCCAAGGUUGUGGCUCCAGCGGGCACGAAGUACCGGCGUCAAAGUAUUCCUCGAGUUUGUGAGUGUUCUUGUCCGACGAUACCUCAAAAUUAAGUUUUUCUUACGGUUUCUUGAGAUUCUGAACAGGGAUUUGGCUUUGAUUCGCGGGUUUUUAUCGUCUUUGGUUGUGAUUUUGGGGAGUUCUUGGAUUUUCAUUCUUGAAAAGUUCAUUGAAGAGCCAAUAUAGGGAUUUCCUGCAUUCUGAUGGCUGGCAAUGUUCGAAUACAUCUAUUCUCUUGCGUAUUUUUUAUAAUCAGCAUAUAAAUUAGUUGAGAACUCUGUAAUUCAGUAUUUUCCACACUAGUAUAUAGAAGAAAUAGGGUUCUCUUAUGAAACUAUCAAAUUAUGGCGGGAAGAGAGUUGGCCAUUAGAAAAGAAGGGAAUUUGAAUCUUAGAGAAGUAGCAGCAAGGGCGACUCUUCGUGAUAUACAGGUUAAAGGCCAUGUUUAUGUCGAGUUGAGGCAGGUUGGGAAGAGGUCCAUCUUCUUUUGCACGCUCUGCCUCGCCCAGUGUUUCAAUGACUCUGUCCUGUUUGAUCACCUCGGAGGGAAUCUGCAUGCCCGGAGAUAUGCUGCUGCGAAGCUUACCUUGUUUGGACCAGUACCAUGGCCUUUCAGUGAUGGUGUGCUGUUCUUUGGAAAUUCUCAUGAGAAAGAUCAUAGCUUUGUGUGUUCUGAUUCCGAGAGUGAUAUGGCUUUGGUUGUUAGAGAUGCUUGCGAUGGUGUGGAUGUUAAUGGAGAGGAGGUCACUUCAAAUGCUAAUGGGCAUUCAAAUUCUAAUGAUGAGCGUUGUAAUCCUGGCAUGAAAAAUGGCAGUAGUAUAUGUGAGCAUGAUGAUGCUGAUGGAAACCCCGGUACUGAACUUCUUGUGAAUGGCCAUGGAAAGCCUUUGAGGUGUUAUGCCGGUGUUGCAAUGGAUAAGAAUUAUGAUAAGGAUAUUUGCAUGUCAAUCCCUGGCGUGUUGUAUAAGGAUGAAAUUUCAAAUUUGAAUGCCCAUUUUAUCGGUUUUGGGCAUAUUGCUUCUAGAGUUUAUGAGACCAAUGUUAUUGGCAACAGGAUUGGUAAGAUAUGGUGUGCUUGGUUAGGAGAAGGCAGCUCUGAUGAGAAUGACUUGUUUCUGAAGUCGCCAAAGUGUGACUUUGGUAUAGUUAUUUUCUCUUACACAUAUGAUUUGGGUAGAAAAUGGACAUUGGAUGAGCCGAAGCUUCUUCUUUCCCCUGGUUCUUGCUCAGAAGUUGAUGAUUGUGAAAGUCCGGGGAAGAGAGGAAAAAAAUCAUUUUCAGACCCUGAAGACUCUUGUGCUGCCUCUAGUGAAGAUUGUUCUGGUAUGCAUGGCUGCACUUCAAAUGGGUCUCAUGAGCAUCAAGUUUCAAAAUUUUCAUCCAGCAAGGCUCUGAGGAAAGAGUUAAGGAAGCAGAAGCGCCUAGCUGCUGAAAGAAUGUGUGACAUAUGUGGCCAGCCAAUGCUUCCUGAGAAGGAUGUUGGCACUUUGUUGAAUUUGAAGACUGGUAAACUGGCUUGUAGCAGCCGAAAUACAAAUGGGGCUUUUCAUCUCUUUCAUGCCUCCUGUUUGAUACACUGGAUCCUUCUUUGUGAGACUGAAAUAUGGGCAGAUCAGUCAACCAAAAAGAAAACCACCAGGAGGCGCAAAAGAAAAAUUGCUGACAAAAACGGAAUUUCUUCUGUUCUUUGCCCAGAAUGUCAAGGCACUGGAAUACAUACUGUUGGAGAAGAACUAGAGAAACCGUCCAUUUCUCUUUCUGAGAUGUUCCUAUAUAAACUGAAAACCAUUGAGGCACACAAGGCAUGGAUGAAAAAUCCCGAGGUGCUCCAGAAAUGCUCUACCGGUCUCCAUUUUCCUUCUGAUUCAGCCGAUAAUGUCCAGUUACAGGAAAUUGUGGUUCCUUUAAACCUGUUAUAUUUUUAUCGGCUUGAAGAACUAUGUGCUGAAUACGUCGCUGGAGGAGCAGGAGAGCUCUGAUUAUCAGUUCAGUCAAUUGCUAGAUCAAUGCUCAUCUUAUUGAUCCACUCUUCAGGUAAUUCCAAACACUGCCAGAUACAAAACAAGACCUGCAGUUUCUCAUGUGUUACAUGUUUGUAGGUUGAUACAUGUAAAAAAUGUCAUCAAACUCAACAAAGUUUUUUUAGUGUAGAUAUUGUGCAUUCCAGUUAUGUGUGACAGGAAUGUAGGUUCUAGUUUACUCAGACUAUCAUGUGCAGUUGAUGUUUAUCAGUUGUUCUUAUGAUAAUGAGCCUUUUCGGAAGGCUUUAUAUAUACAUAUGAUGCACAUAAAAGGGUGCAUGACCUUUUAAAUUUGUUCACUUAAAUUCAUUCACUUUUCAAGUUA